AUUUUUUAUUUUUAUUCAAAAAAACAAUGUCAGUUUGAUUCUAUGUUACUAUGUUUAACCUUUUAAUUUUCGCAUUAUAAUUUUAUGUCUGAACGAAAUUUUAUCUAAAAAUAUUGAGAAGUUUUAAUCAACAAUGGUAGCACUCGGUGCUUUUCCGGCAGCCAAGCUUGGCGCUUUACUAUUGCGCCAAGUAAGUAAACCGAUUGCUAAUUUUGUUAAAGAACGAGCGAAACAAUCUCCAGUAUUUCGAUCGUAUGUAUGCAUGCCACCUGCUCAAUUUUACAAUUGGUGUGAAGUUAAAAUGAAGAUGUAUUUCAUGAAUCUUGGUACCGCAGGAAAGGUCAAACCUUUAAGUGAAACUAUGGCCAUCGAACUUGGAUCAAAUUUACUAGGUGAAGGUAUUAUAUUUGUUGUCGCUGCUGCAUUACUUUUGUUGGAAUAUAAUAGGCAAGUACGUAAAGAACAAGCCAAAGAAGAAGUACGUUUACAAGAACAAGAAGACUUGACCAAUACCAUAAGGGAUUUGGACUUAAUGACCGAACAACACACUGCUGAAUUAAGACGUCUUACAUACCUGGUCGAUGAUUUAAUAUCUAAAGUUAACAGUAAAUCAUACCCUGGACCUGAUAUCCCAGAGACACCAACAAGUAGUAGCAAAGUUGAUACCAAACGACAGGAACCCGAACUAAAGAAACAAAUUUCUAAUGACAUUAACGAAAAUGUAUUAUUUAAAAGCAUUAAAAUGUUAAUCCAAUCAUUACAACAAGUUUGACUAAAUUAGGUUUUUUUCUUGUAGAAUCAUAUUGUUCACAUUUUGUUAACACUUAUUAUUAAAGGGACUAAUAAAUUCAUAAUAAAGUUACUAUUGUAUUA